CCUCCUGCUUGCCGCCCGGCCAUGGGGUACAGAGCCAGGCUGGGUGGGGCGGGGACCGCGGCUCUUCCAGGCACGUGGGACCCUGCGCGACUGGGCAUGGGACUUGGGGACCAGGAACCGCGGCUGUGGCUCCCGGAGGGGACCAGCGCAUCGCGGAGGUGAGGGGGGCAGCCUAGAGGGGAACGGACGCCGGGAGAGGUCGCCACCGGGUGCGGCCUGGGGACUGGCGCGCCAGUCGACUCAGCAGGGCCGGGCAGGAGAGCCCAUUACGUGACUCUGUCCCGCGGGCCCCGGCUCCCAGCUCUAGUACUGAGCAAAACUGGACGGUGAGAGCCGGCUGCCGGUGCUGCUGAACUUUGUCUCCUCUGGAGCGUGGAUCUUGGAGCCCUCCAGGUAGCUGCUUGCCCUGAAACAUGCUGAAGGCUGGGCGCGGCCCCAGGCCUGGGAACCUGUUCUUCCUGUUUCCUGCCUCAGUCCCAGCAGCUGGUCCAGGCCUGAGCGUUUAUGAGUGAAGAACCGGAGCAGACACUGAGCAUCCUCGCCACACCAAGAGCAGGAGCUCAUCAGGUCCGGGUGUGUGAGGGCCAUGGCGGCAGACCUGGACCCCUGGAACAGCACCAUCAAUGGCACCUGGGAGGGGGAUGAACUGGGCUACAAGUGCCGCUUCAACGAGGACUUCAAGUACGUGCUGCUGCCGGUGUCCUACGGCGUGGUCUGCGUGCUCGGACUGUGCCUGAACGUCGUGGCUCUCUACAUCUUCCUGUGCCGCCUCAAGACCUGGAACGCGUCCACCACGUACAUGUUUCACCUGGCCGUUUCGGACUCUCUCUACGCAGCCUCCCUGCCGCUGCUGGUGUACUACUACGCCCAGGGUGACCACUGGCCAUUCAGCACGAUGCUCUGCAAGCUGGUGCGUUUCCUCUUCUACACCAACCUCUACUGCAGCAUCCUCUUCCUCACCUGCAUCAGCGUGCACCGGUGCCUGGGUGUCCUGCGCCCUCUGCACUCGCUGCGCUGGGGCCGGGCCCGCUACGCCCGCCGUGUGGCUGCGGUGGUGUGGGUUCUGGUGCUGGCCUGCCAGGCACCUGUGCUCUACUUUGUCACCACCAGUGUCCGGGGGACCCGCAUCACCUGCCACGACACCUCGGCCCGAGAGCUCUUCAGCCAUUUUGUGGCCUACAGCUCCGUCAUGCUGAGUCUGCUGUUUGCUGUGCCCUUUUCUGUCAUCCUGGUCUGUUACGUGCUCAUGGCCCGAAGGCUGCUCAAACCGGCUUAUGGGACCACGGGAGGCCUGCCUCGGGCCAAGCGCAAGUCUGUGCGCACCAUUGCCCUGGUGCUGGCCGUCUUUGCCCUCUGCUUCCUGCCUUUCCACGUCACCCGCACCCUCUACUACUCCUUCCGGUCGCUGGACCUCAGUUGCCACACCCUCAAUGCCAUCAACAUGGCGUACAAGAUCACCCGGCCCUUGGCCAGCGCCAACAGUUGCCUUGACCCUGUGCUCUACUUCCUGGCAGGGCAGAGACUUGUCCGUUUUGCCCGAGAUGCCAAACCACCCACAGAGCCCACCCCCAACCCCCAGGCUCGUCGCAGGCUGGGCCUGCACAGGUCUCACAGAACUGACACCGUGAGGAAAGAUGUGUCGAUCAGCAGUGAUGACUCAAGACGGACAGAGUCCACACCCGCUGGGAACGAGACUAAGGACAUUCGACUAUAGGUCAGAGCCCCUCAGGCAUGUGCUCGUUCAUGUGGGGAAGCUGUAGGGGACCAAGGCUUGUUCAAAUGGGCUGAUGUCCUCCCACGGAUCGUCAGCAAUUCUCAUUUGGCAGGGGCUGGGCAUACUCACCCUGUGGUCCCAAGAGCAACAGGACCCCAAAGUCCCCGGUCAUUUGUAUGUCUGAGUUGGGAAAUCGUAUUUUAAGAAAGGCAGUGACACCUGACUCCCAUACAGACAGCUGCCAUUCCUGCCAAGGUUGGGGUUUAGGCAGGCUGGGGUUCAGCCUCCUAAAUCCGAGAGAGAAGCAAGCCCAGAGAAGACACAGCGGAGUCUGGGCUAGCUACCUGGACUAGGAGUGAGCUCACAAGUGACUGGAGGACUCUUGUGGGUAAGCAGCGCUGAGUUCCCAUGGUCCCCUGGGAUGGACCUGGGCUCUACAGUGGACUCGGCUGGGAGGAAGACCCUCAGGCCAAGAGACAAGCACCUGAGAACUGGUUUCAGAUCCAUCCGGAGGCUUCCCCGGGCUGGGAGCUGGGUGGAAACCGUAACUUAUACGUAACGUAACUUUGGGCUGUGCUUCGCCGCAUGGUCGGAGGACAGGGCAUGGCCUGGGAAGCAUCCGUCACCUACACAAAGGCCUGUUAUCCCCGCCGUUUGCCUUCCAGCUACUGCCUCCCAGGAGCCUCCAGGGAUCCCUCUUCAGAUCCCCAGGGCAACCCUGCUUUUAAGUCACUUGUCUCUACAUUGUACUGUGCCAAGCAUGGAGAAGAGUCAAGUAGGGUUCUAGUUCUUGGGGUGCAAGUAAAUGUCAUCUAUUUAACUGAACCGGGAGGGGGCCUUUAUUUAUGGCAUGGCCAAUUGUUGCGGGGCAAAAGUAACAUUUCAAAUUACCAACACAGUGGCAGUCUCUCUGCAAAAUUCCUGAAAAUCAA